AGACACAUAUCUUAUAAUAAAACAACAACUGUUUAUAUCAUAAAAUUUACGUAUUCAUAACAUUGUAAAACGAUUUUUCAAUUUCUUCGUUUGAAGUCCGUUACAAAUGUUACUUCCAGAAAUUCGUACGGUCAACAUCGCAUAAACGCAAUAGUAAACACUGAAGUUCUGCACUUAUAUAGCUCCUUAUUAUGAGAAAACAUAAAAUAUCAAUGUCUAUUUAUGCCGGGGACAUCCUUAAGAGCUAUGGAUUGUUUAUAGAGGAACACGAUGAAACUUUGAAAAAGUUAAAAAAGAAAACGCCUGGAUUCUCCGAAACUAAAAAUAACUCACUGAUUUCCAUGAUAUCCGUGAUAGAGCUUAACUAUGUUUUUAACGAUAGCAUUGUGGCACAGAUGUUUUUAGAGGAGUCGCAGAUGGUCGCAAAUAAACCCUUGACUACCUUGGCCAAUCUGUGCAAUCAGUGCCGGGAUUUGACUCGGACAGCAAAGGAGUUGCAGCUGACUUGGUUACUCACUGGCUCCAAGCUUAAAGAUCAGAAACAGCAUUUAGGAUAUGAUCUAGCUAAAUUGGAGCAGAUUCUGUUUCGUAUAAGCACCUCUAUCGAUUUUUUUUGUCGGGUAAACUUUACAUUAAACCGCAUUAAUGAAACUGUUCAAAACCUGUGGACACAAAUUGUCGCCGUCAGCGUGCUGGAGGAAAUCAAUGAAUUACAUAUAUUUACCCUGUUUGAUUAUAUGAAUGAACUACUAGAAUCCGUUGUAGUUUUUAAUGAAAUAGUGGAGCGUUCAUACAUAGCGUCCAUAUGGGUAUUAUACAAAAACUGGCUAGCUACGCUGACCAAUAAUAAAUGUAUAUUGGACCACUGUACUACUUUGGAACUGCUUGGGCUAAGUAAAGCUCUUAAGGAGAUUGAGUCUGUGAUUUCAGGAAAUCUUUUUCGGACUCUUUUAGCUCAUCUGAUGAAAUUGAAGAAUCAAACAUGCCUAAAAGAUGUGAAUCGAAUUACUCAACGUUCCAAUGCCUAUAUUCGCAAGAAGGUUUUUGCUGUUGAUAUAAAUCAGGAUACCGAGUACACGAACAUUGAAGACCCAAAACUAAUCAUUCGGGUCAUCGCAUUUGUUGUAACGAUCCAGCAGUUAGGAAUCCAAAUAGAGGCAAAGUUAGUCAAGGCUAUAUUUGACCUUGUGACCAAGCACCAGCUGCUACCCCUAAUUGGGAAAUUUCGCUGGUCCCCCCAUAAAUUUAUUUUGGAGCAUUCCAAAACAUUAUUUAAAACGUCAGGCAGGUUCCAUGCUAUAACCGGCAAUGGCAACAAAAUCCAAACAUCAAUUAUUGAAAAAAUAAAACUAAACGACUUGAAAACCAGUCGCCUAUUAGGUAAUCAGAUUGCCGUUUGGUCAUUCAACCUUAAAAAAGUAACUGACAGUGGAAUUUUCGGCCACUUUAAGAUGUUGUAUAACCUCCUCCUUAGUGGUCAUUCGUAUAUCGACGAAAUAUGUGUUUUAACAAACUCUUUAAUCAACCGCCACAUAGCUCUCAGGUCCUCAUUGGUAAAGGCUGAUAUCUCUCUUAUAUGCCGCCUACUUCAAUAUCUUAUGAUAAUACAGGAUAUUUUUGAAACAAACCAAAUAAAUUUCAUUCGUUUCUUAGAUUCCUUGAUUCAAUGGCAAAAGCAGAAGGUUUUGUUCCUUCUACAAAAUACAAAGAAAAAAAUUCUUGACAUAAAGUUAGUUCAGCGAAAGGCAAAUCUUCUCUCCAUAAUUAAGUUAACUGAAAACAUAUUUGUUGGCUUCCCAAGUACAAAGCGGUUGACUUUUCUUAAUUUGGCUCUUGGGGACUUUCUCGACAAGGAUCGAUUGCAAAUUGGUGAUAAACAUAACUAUUUUAGUUCUUUUUUAUUUCGAGCAAACAAUUUGGGCCGUUUUAAGCAAGAAUGUAGGAUGAAAGUGGACUCAUCAAUUCUUAUUUACAUCUUAUGGCUUCAAAAUACGUCUUUUUUUAGAGAGUAUGUUGAGUUGCAGCGCAAUUCUUACUCCAUGCAGAAUAUCGUGGCGGUAAGUCAACAACUGCAAAAGAGCCGUCAUAUUUUUACCGGCUGUGAGGACAACAAACACUCGCCGAACACUCUUAUGAUCGAGUUUCUUAAAUUACAUUUUGAGUUCUUUCUUCGGGUUGAAGCUCUCUCGCAUUUUUUUCAAAAUCAAGAUGAGCCUUUUCAAAAACAAAGAUUAGAUUAUCGCCUCUGCCUAACUUCGACCGCUUCUGAAUUUCUGGGGAGCUACGACAUAAUUCGAGAUAACCUUGAGAACUAUUUAACUGAGACAUUCUACAACGUGACAACAAUUGCACCCCACGACUGGAAAUCAUACGAAAAGAUGCGUUACUUGGCUAACAAGGUGUUACUUUUAAGUCCCAUUGAUGAUCAUCUUCCCAACCAGAUCAUAGACCAAGGUAUAGAUGUGCUAAAAAUUAUGCGAAAUAUACACACCUUUGCCUCCUCGUAUGCGUAUAACAUGAAUCUACAACUUUUUGUAGAAAUGCAAAGCAAUGGCAAACACCUGGAAAUCAUAAGUACACGGCACGUUUCGAACUCGGUUCAGACACACGGCACUGGUAUCAUUAACACCACCGUCAACUUUAUAUACCAGUUCUUACGACAAAAGUUCUACACGUUCUCCACUUUCUUGCAUGAUGAGCAGAUCAAGUCGCGAUUAUUAAAAGAACUACGCUUUCACUUGGCAAACAAGCAUGGUGAAAAAUAUCACUCCUAUCCAUAUGAAAGAUCUGAGAACAUUCUUAAAAAGAUAAAAAAACUAGGUCUUUCUACCAACGGAGAGACCUACAUGGACCUUUUUCGAAAAGUUAUUACACAAGUCGGCAAUGCCGUAGGAUAUGUGCGCCUUCUUCAGGCUGGAAGCAAAAAUUCGAAUUACAGAAGCCGAUCUUAUAUGUCAAUAUAUGAAAAUAAUUUUAAUUCCGCGGGCCCUAGAGGGAUGCACACAGUGACUGAAAAUUCAAUCGGGGAAUAUGGCAAAAACGUGGGUCACAUGAAGGAGUGCUACUCUGACUGCACGAACUACUUCAAGCUUCUGCUUUUAGGAUUCAAGCCGUUCCUGUGCAACCCGAACAAUCAUCAUUUGAAAACCUUCUUUCUCAUUACACCAGCAGUGAUCACCAACUAUAUAGAAUACAGGGUCAAGGAGAAAUUGAAGGUCCAUAAGAAAGAUCAAACAAAUUCCUCAGUGUUUGAAGAUGGAUUUGCAAUCGGCUUGAUCUAUAUUUUAUGCAUGCUUAACCAGCUUGGCGAUUUUCACGAGCUUAGUUGGAGCAAAAGCACUGCUAACCAACUAUAUGCGGAGCGCUCCAAAGUGACCAGUAUAGUGGAAGGGCAGAAAGUAUCAGCAGGCCACGUCGACGAAAAGUUGCUACAAACCGUGGCGAUUACUGAACGGCACGUGAAUGCGUAUGAGCAUGAGUACAAUCUUCUUUACGCCACCCUUAGUAGUGCCGAAAUAUUCUUCCAAUAAAAUAAAUAUUUCUUGCUCUAA